AGAAGGGUACCGAGCCGUCCGCCACAAAGCGGUUUAUUCGUCUGAGCCCUUAACACACGUCAGAGAUUCGGCUUCAUGUUAAUUGUCAGGACUGCGCUGUUGACGCAUAAAUUGUUUAAGUAAACCCAGGGCGCCAGUUUUCCUUUCAUUAAUUUCUCUGCCGCUUUUUCCAAGGUGUUACCAGAGGCAUUAAAGCCAAGUUCAUUGGAUAUCAGAACAUAUUCCGUAAGUGUCGGGACAGUUGCUGGAGCAGUGAGAAGCAGACCGUCAAAUCAAAUUCACUCCAGAAGUCAAAGUGACAAAUAUUACUGACGAGCAAUCAUGCUCAGUGAUAAACCGGGACUUACGUACUUGAUUACGGGCGGCUGCGGUUUUCUCGGUCAGCACUUGCUGCGGGUGUUGUUGGAGAAAGAAGACCAGCUUACUGAGAUACGGCUUUUCGAUAAACACAUCGAUGUGACCUUACAAGACGACAGCACAGGUCGUGUGAAGGUGGUGGUGAGGCCGGGGGACGUGACGGACUAUGAGAGCAUUGUGGAGGCAUGCAGAGGAGUGGAUGUGGUUAUUCACACCGCCAGUCUGGUGGACGUUUGGUACAGAGUGCCUGAGAAGGUUAUCCACGCCGUUAAUGUCCAAGGUACAGUAAAUGUGAUUGAGGCAUGUAAGGAAGCAGGCAUUGGCUGUCUGGUAUACACAAGCAGCAUGGAAGUGGUUGGGCCCAACAUCAAAGGAGAACCAUUCAUAAGGGGAGAUGAAGAUACUCCGUAUAAUGUAUUUCAUGACAUGGCCUACCCCAAGUCCAAAGCCAUGGCAGAAAAACUGGUUCUGGAGGCCAACGGCUCAAAGGUGAAUGGGGGUGGUAUUCUGUACACCUGUUCUCUGCGGCCCACGGGUAUCUAUGGGGAGCAGCACCAGCUGAUGAAGGACUUUUACCAGAUGGGAGUGCGCACAGGGGGGUGGCUAAUCAGAGGAGUUCCUCAGAACACAGAGCACGGACGAGUCUAUGCAGGUAACGUAGCCUGGAUGCACCUCCUGGCAGCACGCAACCUGCGUGAGCACCCAGAAAGGCUUGGAGGGGAGGUGUACUAUUGCUAUGAUGAUUCGCCCUAUAAGAGCUAUGAGGAUUUUAACAUGCAGUUCCUGUCUGCCUUCAACUUCCGUGUGAUUCGUGUUCCUGUGUGGGUGUUGUGGUUCAUUGCGUGUGUGAAUGACCUUCUUCACUGGCUGCUGCGGCCAGUAUUUAAUUAUACACCACUGCUCAAUCGCUACACGCUGGCUGUGGCCAGCACCUCUUUCACUGUGAAGAGUGACAAGGCCUUCCGGCACUUCCAGUACCGUCCUCUCUAUAGCUGGGAGCAGUGUUAUGCCCGUACACAGCACUGGGUUGACACCUUUCCUUCCAUGGAUGUGACCAGUGCCAAGGACACCUAACCCCAAGGCAGAAUGAUCAGUCCAAUAAAUAAUUACUCAGAUGCAUAAUAAAACAAUGAAAUUACUUGUACUUUAUUUUAAAUUUCUUUCUUUGAAGGAAUGAACAUUCUCAACAAAAGGCAGACAGAUUAUGAUCAUUGGAGGAAGAGUUGGAUCUGUACCCCAUCCAAUUCAUGCCUUAUGUCAUUAAAUCAUUCCUUCUUUCUUAUCAAUGCAAAAAAUCAGAGCACGAAUAAGCUCAGUCAUAAAUCAAGGCAAUAUCUCUCCUUUCCUGCUGCAGUGUUCUCCUAUAUCACAAACUGAGUUAUUCUCUUUGAAGGCAGACAGCCCUGUCUAAUCACUCGUUCCCAUGGUUUUAUUGUGUCAUCACUGACUUUCAUCUCAGUUCUUGGGGAAUUAUUUUAAAAUUCAUUCAAUCUUCCAUUUAAAAUCUUUUUUUUUUCCACAUAUUACUCUGCAGCAGGGUAGAAAAUAUAUUAAUUUUGUAGACUUAAGUCACAUGUACACUUCAUGUUAUAUGUAUUAUAUUCUGGGUAUCUGCCCUUUUGUCUCUUAACUAGACUCUCACAUAACAUAUUAUUCUUUCAACAUGUGGGAAGGGCAAAGCGUUUUACUUUUUUUUAAUUAUUAUUUAAUUAUUUAUUUGUUUUAGAUCAUUGAUUUUAUUUGUUAUAAUCGUAAAUCAUAAGUAUUGAAAAUGUUUUAAUGGUUUUAUCAAGUUAGAUUGUGUGUUUAAAUUUUAACAUUGAAAAAUUAACAUUUGGUUUGCUCUCCAAUGUUCAUCACAUUCAUGUUUUGAAAAAUCUGUCCUGGCACAAUACUAAUGUGCAGAUACUAAAUCUCUUUCCUAUUUACUGUAGAGCACAUGGUUCUAGUUAUUCUCCAUUUGUUUCCAGCUGUAAACACUGUGUAAACACUGUGAUUCAUCAGUGCCACACCCCUGGUGUUUCCCCAACUCAUCCACCAGCACCCAGGCUCUAGUUUAUUUUGUGUUGCUUGGAGAUAGUCUCCACUUUUAGCAUUUGGUAAUUUCUCUGAAAUCUUCAUAGUGAGUUAAGCUCAACAGUUUCCAGUUAUGGUAACGGCAUCCACACAGCGGCCAAACAGAACAGUACUUUUCCCUGUAUCAGUUCAGCAAUCACACUCUGCCAAAGUUUAGAUACUCGGGACAAAAUGAAACACUGGUUGAAAACAGUCCUCAAAUAAAAUUAAUUUAACACAUGUGCAAUCAAAUCUAGAAUUUACACUUAAAAUAACAUUUUUUGAAAAACAGAAACACAAGCAUUGGGAUGUAUGUGUUUCCCGUACACUCAAAUGGAAAAACACAUGUAUGUCAAAACAUUCACAUUGUCAAGAACACCUCUGGGCACAGUGAAAAGUUGAUUUUCAAAUAUUUAAUAAUGUAAUGGUCUUUACCCCCUAAACAAAAGUACAAUAACAGUUUUUGUAGUCUCGUGAUCUUUACCAUCUAAAGAAAUACAGAUUUUUGCUUCUCCAUGAAAUGGUUGUGGAAUGGGUCUGUCUCUGCUAGUUCAACAUGAACUAAGUUUUGGCAUGUAAGUUUUCUGUAGUUACCAUAGUUCUAAACUGAUGAUAAAGGUGCUGUGUGACACAUUCUUUGCUAUGGGUAUUUGAUCUGUGACUGAAACCACAGUAACAAAACACCAAUGGUACUGUAGUCCUGACAGUGAGAUGACAGUUAUAAAACCACUCAUGAUCAACAGUGGGUCACAGAAUUAACCAGAGUUUGGUCCUUGCGUGCUAGAUUCCAUAUGCUUCUAAACCUCAAAGCAUACCAGUGUCUAACUUCAAGGGGCUGCCCCCUAAUAGUCAACUAAACCAGUGCUCUGCUCCUGGGGAACCUCUGCUCUGCAUGUCUUUCCCUGGCUGAACUCAUCAGUGGGACUUUUGAUUGGCUGAGCACACCUGAUUUAAUCAAGAGCAUGUUAAUCACACUAAUCAGGUGUGUUUGGAACAAGGAUAGAUAGAAAAUAUGCAGAGUAGAGGUCGUCCAGGAACAGGUUUGAGAACCACUGGAGUAAACCAUUAGUCGAUGAGAAGAGUCUUAGUGUCUCUUAGGGUGGGUUGCACCAACAAGGAUUAAAUUAGGCAUAGUUUAGGGCUAAUCAAGGAUUUGUUCAUCUAGGUUUUAUUUUAAUUUGAGUUGUGUUGCACCACUUAAUUUUAAGCAUUGCUUAACAAAUCAGCGAUUAAAACUUUACCCUGUGGUUAAAAUCUUGACCAGAAAUUUAUUUUGAUUGUCUGCCAUGAUAGAUUCACCAGUGUAAAUAAACAGCAUCAAUGUCACUCUCUUGAGACUAAUCAUCAGUGUUACUUUUUUCUUCCCUUUUGAGAGGAAGCUUACAUAGACCUAUGUUAAAAGUAGCUCAUGCAGCCAAAGAAGGAAUUUUAAACAUUUAAACAGUCUACCGUUAUAAUUGUAUUUUGAUUUCUUAACCAAGCUAGGAAAAUGUCAUAGUGUGUACGCAGUUCAAAUUUCACAAGCCAUGAAAAAAAAUUAUUGUGUCAGUUAAUGGAGCAAUACGCAAACAUCAUCAAAGACAAAAGAACAGACAAUUUCACGGUAAGAAAAAAAGAAGCAUGGGUGCAGCUGAGUACAAGUUUCAGUGGGUCUGCAGGGAUCAAGGGCAAACGAGAUGUGAACAACUUGAAAGCCUGUUGGAAAAACCUAAAAGCAAAAGUGAAAAAAAGACACUGCCCAGGAAAGGAGGGACACUUUUCUCACUGGAGGAGGACCCCCAGUCGGAGAAAUGGAUCCGUUGUCACAGAAAAUCGUCCAGAUGAUCCCACAAUAAAUAGUCCCCUUGUGCAACCAAUAUGAUGAUGAUGCCAUUGCUGACCAGCCAGUAUCAGCAACAUCGACCUACGAAAGUGAGCUGCCGAGCUUGUAAUAUUGUGUCAGUUCAUUACCAACAUCACGAUAUUUAAAAACACAAAUUGUAACAUUAGCGAAUUAAAAUUGUUGUUUAGCUAGCAAAGUAACAUUAUGUAUCUACCUAAGGAUGUAGGUCUACAUUUCAUGUUGAUGUCUGCAUAUUUAAUAUGUGGAACACCAAAACAUCCAAAAAACUAGGAAAGCUUCUCUAGCUGGCCAGUUAGCAACAUGAACUAUUUGCCUUAGCUAAUGUUAGCUUGAUUACUUGUGCUGUACCAAACUGCUUUUCAAAUCCUGUUAGUCUUUUAGAUAAGAAUGAUGAAGAUGUGGUGCCUGUUGUCCCCUCCGCUCCUGCCAUCAUGUCAAAACGUGCCAGUAAUGGAGCAACCCCAGGACAAGAUCCAGUACAGCACUUUAGUUCCCCAAACAGCAAGAGGCAGAAAAGGGACAUAAAUGAAUAUCAUUUCGAUGUACUGGAAUUGGAGAAAGAGAAGAAUAUCAUUCAGAUCGAAAAUGCAAAGUUACAGAGAGAAGUUCUCUUAUAAAGAAGGAAGUGCUGCAGCAUCAAAAAGAUACACUCAUGGCAGGCUUACAACCAAUGGAAAUUCUUCUUAAUGAACUAUCGUGUAAAUUGAUGAACUGUUGGGAAUAAACUGUUUUGUAAUUUAA